AUUUGGUUAGGUUUUGCUUUGACUUUUAGUCAAACGCAAAAGAUAUUUUUUUUUCUUCUUGUAAGAAAGAAAAGUAGUUCGCCGACGGAAAAGAAAAGUCACCGGCUUCGUCGCUCUCGAAAUUGUGUGGUAUCCAUUCUCCUUCCUCAAACUAUAUCCCUUCUCAACUCCCUUUGAAAAAUCCGCCCAUCUUUCGAGUCUAAUAGUCACCGAAAAAAAUGGCUUUCCGGCGAGGAUUUGCCACCGUCACUCUCUUCCUCUACUUACUAGUCUCCUCCCACUCUCUCGAUCUCAAUCGUUCCCCGAAAAAACACAAGAUCGAAGGACCGAUCAAGACCAUAGUCGUCGUAGUCAUGGAGAAUCGCUCCUUCGACCACAUCCUCGGCUGGCUCAAACCAACCCGACCCGAGAUCGACGGAUUAACCGGAAAAGAGUCAAACCCCCUCAACGCCUCCGAUCCAAACUCCGAAAAAAUCUACGUAUCAAACGACGCCGUUUUCGUCGACAUGGAUCCGGGCCACUCGUUCCAAGCCAUCCGAGAGCAGAUAUUCGGAUCCAACGACACCUCCGGCGACCCGAAAAUGAACGGGUUCGCCCAGGAGGCGGAGAGCAUGGAGCCCGGGAUGGCAAAGAACGUCAUGAGCGGGUUCAAACCCGGUGUACUACCGGUUUACACCGAGCUAGCUAACGAGUUCGGGAUCUUCGACCGGUGGUUCGCUUCGGUUCCGACUUCCACUCAGCCGAACCGGUUCUACGUCCACUCUGCCACCUCCCACGGGUGCUCCAGCAACGUCAAGAAGGAUCUCGUCAGAGGUUUCCCUCAGAAGACGAUCUUUGAUUCUUUGGAAGAGAGCGGGCUCAGCUUCGGGAUCUAUUACCAGAACAUCCCCGCCACCUUCUUCUUCAAGUCUCUCCGCAGGCUCAAACACCUCGUGAAGUUCCACAGCUACUCGCUUAAGUUCAAGCUCCACGCCAAGCUCGGGAAGCUUCCGAACUAUUCGGUUAUCGAACAGCGGUAUUUCGACAUCGAUCUUUUUCCGGCGAACGAUGAUCAUCCGUCGCAUGACGUGGCGGCGGGGCAGAGGUUUGUCAAGGAAGUGUACGAGACGUUAAGGAGUAGUCCUCAGUGGGAGGAGAUGGCUUUGCUUAUUACUUAUGAUGAGCACGGUGGGUUUUAUGAUCACGUGCCCACGCCGGUUAAAGAUGUGCCGAAUCCUGAUGGGAUUAUUGGACCGGGCCCGUUUUAUUUCGGGUUUGAUCGGUUGGGUGUUCGGGUUCCUACUUUCCUUAUCUCUCCUUGGAUCGAGAAGGGCACUGUGAUACAUGAACCUGAGGGUCCUACACCACAUUCACAGUACGAGCAUUCUUCUAUACCAGCAACUGUGAAGAAACUCUUCAACCUUAAAUCUCACUUCCUUACCAAGAGAGAUGCAUGGGCUGGUACAUUUGAGAAAUACUUCUGUAUCCGUGACUCUCUUCGCCAAGAUUGUCCAGAGAAACUAGCAGAAGUUGAACGAUCACUAAGGCCAUGGGGAGCAAAAGAAGACGCAAAGCUCUCAGAGUUCCAGGUGGAGCUGAUCCAGCUCGCUUCCCAGCUCGUUGGAGACCAUCUGCUGAACUCAUAUCCAGACAUUGGGAAGAACAUGACAGUACGUGAAGGCAACAAAUACGCAGAGGAUGCUGUUGAGAAGUUUUUAGAAGCUGGUAAGGCUGCACUGAAAGCAGGAGCAGACGAGAACACCAUAGUCACUAUGAGGCCGUCUCUGACUACCAGGACCAGUCCCAGUGAAGGGACCAACAAGUAUAUUUAAAACUAUUGAAAAAAUCUACAAAUAAUGGAAUGAAUGAUAUGUAAAUACAUGUGGCCACCUCUAUGUUCCCCACGUCACUUGGAUACAUUCUAUGAUGUGGGAAAAAAGGGUAUAUACUUACGUAUGGUUAUGUAAUGGAUCAAAAGACAUGGUAACGUUAUGUUGCUCUCCGGACCUCCAUCUCCUUAGUAGGAAUAAGAUGGAGAGUUCUUGUAUUUACUAAUACAUACUUAUCCAAAAUUAGAUAACUAACCAGUUUAUGGUUAGCAUAAA